AUGAGAAGCCGCUGCACAGCAACAACAGACACAGUUUGUGCCCCCUGUCAAGACGAAUACUUUAGUAGUGAGCACAACCACAACUUCUGCAAGAGUUGUACAAUCUGCAGCACUAGGAAGGGGAGCAUGGAAGUGAAGAAGUGUGAGAAGACCUCUGACAGAAUCUGCGUGUGUCUUCCAGGUUACAUGCCAGAUGUCAGAUAUACACUGGGAAGUGUAUGCUCACCAUGUCCUGAAGGGUCGUAUUCCAUAGGGCAAAAUGAAAACUGUCAACCUUGGACCAACUGCAGCCUUCUUGGGAAAGAUACUCUUCGACAAGGGACAAAAACAGAUGAUGCUGUUUGCAGCAACCAUGUCACGCAGCCAGCUACCUCUCGGAAUGCAACACCUGCUUUGUAUCUUUCCACCACUGACAACAAGAAUAAUGUGUCGACUGCCAUGUUGUCACCGUCCAGACCCAGUGUGAUUCCUUUCAUUUGCCCAGAUACGAACAGCCCCACAGAGACUAACUGGG